AAACACUGAGAGAACACCUGGAGAACCGAGAUUUAACGCAAACAUCCCACGCUGAACAUAGAGGAGGCGAAGAGAGGAACCCAUGGCAGAGGGAGGCUGUGCUAAAACAGAGGAGGAGGAGGGGCAGGCCGCCGAGGAAGACCCUCAGUCGUACCACGGCGUGGGUGUGUGCAAGUGGUUCAAUGUUCGGAUGGGUUUCGGAUUCCUGUCCAUGAGCACAAGAGAUGGUGUGCCUUUAGAAGCUCCGGUGGACGUCUUUGUGCACCAGAGUAAGCUGCACAUGGAGGGUUUCCGCAGUCUGAAGGAGGGUGAGGCUGUUGAAUUCACGUUCAAGAAGUCCUCCAAGGGUCUUGAGUCUCUGCGGGUGACGGGUCCUGGAGGAGCUCACUGUCUGGGCAGUGAGAGGAGACCCAAAGGCAAGAGUGUCCAGAAACGCCGGGCCAAAGGAGACAGGUGUUAUAAUUGUGGCGGUCUGGACCACCAUGCCAAAGAGUGCAAGUUGCCUCCCCAACCCAAAAGAUGCCAUUUCUGCCAAAGUGUCGCGCACAUGGUCGCCAACUGCCCCGCCAAAGCCCAGCAGCCGUCUCAGGGGAAGUCUAGCGGUGUGAAAGAAGAGAAAGCGGAGCACAGUCAUUCCCCACCGCCCACCGGGAGCGCCGACUGAGACAGCAGAGAACGCUGGCACCACGCUUGCAAACCAAUCAUAUCACUAUACUGGAAAGACAAAUGCUAAUGCUGCUGUUGGAGCUCCCUCAGCUCUAUAAAAGCAACAGAUGAGAAGAAUGUAACUUUUUUUACUGGUUUAACACUCAGGAAUAGAGCUGCUCUCAGGAAUUUCAGUACAAUGUUUGGUGUACAGAAGUAGUUAUCUCAUAUCUCGUUAAGGGGACGUUUACACGACAACAACAUACUAAAAACGGAAAAGUUUUUGAAUACAAACAUUGCCAAAAUGAUCCCUGUUUACACUAAUCCAUGUAAUCCGUGCUGUAUUAUACAUGCCAGGCCAGUAGGUGGCGAUGUCACUUUGUAAAGAAACACUAUGCACCUGAACACAUACGCAUUCUUACAUACGCAUGCCUACAGAUCGAACACUUUAUCAAAUUUGCAUUGCAAAUUCACAUUUUUGUAGUUUACACACAGACAAUAAUGGUAUCGUUUUCAAAAAAUUGAUAUUUCCAUUCGCAUUUUCAGUCCUCGUUUUAAUGACAGUCGAAACGCAUAAAAUGUUUUCCAUUUUUAGUUGAAAACGGCGUCGUGUAAACAACCCCUAGUGAUUUUUAAAAGUUUUUUCUCUACUGAGUUGCCAUAUGGAAUAUACUCAAAACAAAGUCUUAUUCUUACAGAUUAUUGACUGAUUAAUGCAUUUGAAUGUUUCUUGUAUU